CUAAUCUACACAUCCCGAUUUAUUUCCUGGUUUCUUGGUAUUGUCAGCAAGCAUUUGCAGAUCAUGAUUGGUUAGAUGGAUGAAAACAUGAGAAAGUGUGCAAAGCCUCUGUUCCGUUGUCUCUUUCUCCCAUGAGGUCGAAUGAGACUUUGAGCGCUACUAAACUUGUGUUCUGCUCUCGACAAUGGGAAGUUGGUCGGGUAGGUGUAUCCUCUGUUGUCUAACUUGCUGUGGGUGGUUGUGGAAAGCACCUUCGAACGCUUGCCAUGCCAUCAUCAUCAUCAUCCUCAGAAGAAGAGAAUGGUGACCCUGCUUGCAGAUAUAUCAAUGAAGGAGAUAAUAAGCCCUGUCUCCAGGAAAGAGAAGCCCAUCAGAAAAUGGCGAAGUCGUUCGUCCUCGGCCUGCUGCUGGUUUUGGUUGGUGUGGAAGCAGACGGAGGACUCUCCCCACAUUACUACAAGGAGACCUGCCCCCUUGCGGAGCACAUCAUAAGGCAGAACGUGGAAACGGUGGUGUAUCGAGAUCCGAGAUUGGCCGCGUCGCUGCUCCGCCUUCACUUCCACGACUGCUUCGUUCUGGGAUGCGAUGCAUCGGUGCUACUGGACGAUGCCGAUGGCAUAGUCAGCGAGAAGAAUGCUGUGCCGAACCUGAAUUCCCUCCGAGGAUUCGAGGUGAUAGACUCGAUAAAGGCCGUGUUGGAGGAGGCCUGCCCGCUAACAGUGUCGUGCGCUGAUAUCCUCGCCAUUGUUGCCAGAGAUGCAGUCCAUUUGCGAGGUGGUCCGACUUGGGAGGUGUAUUCGGGGAGGAAGGAUUCUCUCACAGCAAGCUUGAGCGAAGCCAACAAAAGAAUACCUGCGCCCAACUUCACACUCGACAUGCUCAUCUCCAACUUCCAUGAUCAGGGCCUGGACAUAGUAGACUUGGUCAGCCUCUCAGGCAGUCACACGAUUGGAAGAUCGAGGUGUGUAAGCUUCAAAGGCAGGCUGUACGGCCAAGAUCCGAUAGAGCCAUUCGAAGAACACGAUCUCUACCACAGGUACUCUGAGUUCUUCAGCAGCUUGCGGUCGGCAUGCCCACCAUCAGGAGGAGACGACACGCUCGUCCCUCUCGACCUGAAGACCCCGAGGCGAUUCGACAACCGGUAUUUCCACAACCUGGUGCGGGGGAACGCGCUGCUGCUGAGCGACGACGAGCUCAUCGCCGGGUACGAAGACGAUGGUGUGGCGAGCUUGGUGUGGGCGUAUGCGCGUGAUCAAGAGCUGUUCUUCCGCCAUUACAGGAGCUCCAUUGUGAAGAUGGGGAGCAUCAAUGUGCUCACGGGAGAGCAGGGAGAAGUCCGGCACCACUGUCGCUACGUGAAUGCUUACUACCACUGAGAAGUAGAACACAUCUGCAUCAAAGCAAAUAAUAUCAUUCUCUAUCGUCAUACAAAAUACAAAUAAUAUUAUGCCUACAA